GGAAGCUGUUGUUCAAUCGAAACAGCUUGCGCUAGUUUCUCAUAUACCGGUGUCGUACCGGGUGUGCUCGGGUGAGAAAUAAGUGAAUAAGUAAGCCAAAUAUUUUUUUUUAUACCCUAAACUAAAAUAUUAUAGCUAGUAGAUUUAAAAUGUUGCGUUUAAGUGGCUUCUCUGUUGCUUUAGCUCUUGUACUUGUACCUAGCGGCAGUGAUGCUUUGAAAGAGGGGGAAUGUGAAGUGUGUGUGAACUUCCUGGGCAGGUUUUAUCAAUCUUUGAAAGACAGUGAUGUCAAGUUUAACAAUGAAGCCAUAGAGAACGCCUUGGUCAAGGCUUGCAGUGAUGCCAAGGGGAAGGAGAACCGGCUGUGUUACUACAUUGGAGCAACAAAUGACGCGGCGACCAAAAUAACGAAUGAAGUCUCCAAGCCAUUAAGCUAUCAUGUGCCUGUGGAGAAGAUUUGUGAAAAGCUGAAGAAAAAGGACAGUCAGAUAUGUGAACUGAAAUAUGACAAACAAGUGGAUCUGAGCUCAGUGGAUCUAAAGAAGCUGAAGGUGAAGGACUUGAAGAAGAUCCUGGAGGAGUGGGGUGAGGUGUGCAAAGGCUGCGUGGAGAAGUCGGACUUCAUCCGCAAGAUCAAUGAAUUGAUGCCCAAGUACGCCCCCAGUGCGGCAAAAGUACGGACAGACCUGUAAUGACUGCUCUGAAAGAGGGAGGGGGCCAGAGGCUUCAAGGGUGGGGAGAGGGUAACCUUUUUUCCAAUGUGUGCUAUGUGGACCACCCAAUAGAAUGGGAUAGAUUUUUUUUAUAUAUAUGUAUAAUCGUUUAAAUCUUCACUUCAAACCAAGAAGAGAGAAGAUGAAUUCAUGGAAAAAUGAGCUCAUUCUUCAUUUAUACUGGUCAUAAAUGCAUACAAUGUUAUGAAAAUUGGCAGAGUUUUUCAUUAAAAAAUGGGAAAAGA